AUGGGGCGGCUCCACUUUCCAGUUUACGAUGAUGGUAAUGCUGUACGCACCGGAAGAGCGAAUGAAUUGGGAAGUAGUACAGAUUAUAAUCAGACGCACAACCUCCCAAGUUUGAAACGAAGUGCUUUUCAAUACAAUUUGAACCAAAGUGGUUUUGAUCGAAGUCUUCGAGUGGAGAAUGUACUCGGUUCUGUACCGAUUCUUGGCAAAGAGGACAAUCACCUUGUAGAGUCCGUUGCGAUAAUGAAUGGAGCAGCGUCUGCUGUACAAAGUCCAACGUAUAGAAAACAACUUGCGUCGCGUGAAGAAGACACCUCCGUUCCAUUUCCUGCACUCACGCGAAAAUUUGAAAUUAAUUUAAUGUCACGAGAACACAUAGGAUUACUAGUUUCGACAGGAUUGGCGGGUAUUUUGACGACGUGUUUGAAGAGCGGAGUAUUGCCUUUGCUUGAGUUGGAACUCGAGAUGAAAAGGUACCAAGUGGUCGCGGCCUCUGUGUUAAUACUCCUCCCAUGGUCGUAUAGUUUUCUUUGGGGUUUUAUUUCUGAUGCAGUACCAAUCAUCGAAUCAAGACGUAAAGCAUACAUUAUUCUCGCGUGGAUGACAACAAUGCUUGCAUGUUUUAUCAUGGCAUUACUCGAUCAAUUUGUCGAGUAUCGAGCAGAGAAGAACGACGUGACGUCUGCAGAUCUGUUGGAACGUACUGAGGGACUCAUGGUGCUCUAUAUUAUAUUACUCGUGUUGACAAAUUUUGGGUGCAUUGUUGCGAUCGUGAUUGCUCAAACGUACGUGAUAGCGCAAACACGAAUAGAACGUUUGACUGUGCGUGGAACUGCACUUGGUACACUAAUAAUGACUCAAUGUACAGGAGAAUGUAUUGGUCAAGUGAUUGCUGAUUACGCUAUUCUUCAAGUGACGGAUAAAGGCAUGUCACCUACGAUGACACUGCGUCAAAUGAUGCUCUUUUUCGUAUUUUACACAAUUCUACCCUUAAUUGCACUUUGUGUGUGUUUUUUCGAAAAACCCGAUCCACCACCAAUCUCUUUUGGGCGUAAUGGGGUUACUCGCGAGACAAGCGUGGAUUUAGAUACUACAGUAUCUGAGCUCCAACGAGCGUACAUGACAGCUGCAAAUUCGUAUCAGCGUGGGAAAUUAGCCUUACGUGGCCACUGGAUUCGUCUUCGUAGUGCACUGGGUAAAGAAUCGACUUCGCGUGUAAUUUUAUUUUUUAUCGGAUUUAUUUUAUUGUCCGAAUUCUCGCUAACGUAUCCAAUUACACGUAUUGAAGAUUGGUGUGGUAUGACUGCCAAGGCUAUUUCCACUCGCAAUAUUAUGACGCAAGUGUUUUCCCUGUUAUCAGUCCUAAUGUGGAGAUAUUUCUUUCUGAAUUGUGAUUGGCGCUGGUAUGUAUUUAUCAGUUUUAUUAUCGUGACAAUGACACCACAAUUUGUUUACUAUCUCAUGGCAACGUUGGAGGUUGAGGCUCGGAAUCUCGACAUUUAUGCGGUCGUAUCGGGUCUUACGGGGUUUAUUCGCUCCUCCAUUCGGGUUUUAGAACUUGCAAUUACCGCUGAAAUUGCUCCUGUUGGCGGUGAAGGCGCAUUUGUUGGUAUUGUCGUCUCGAUGGCGUCGAGCAUGGGCCUUUUGGCAAAUACUGUGUCAAAUGCCAUUGGAUUUAUGUUUGAAGACGUUCACACCGCGUCUAAUAGCCGGACAGAUCCUGACAGAAUGCAAGUAGCAUUUGCGCUGGUUUUGUCGUAUAUUAUUCAAAUUAUUGGGCUCGUGGCACUUGUCUUUUUACCUAAGCAAAAGCGGGAAUUGCAGCGACUGCAUCGAUUUGGCAACAAGAAUGAUAAAUGUACCACGUGGUGGGUUAUUGGGUGCCUUGCCGUAUCCUUUAUAGUUAGCACAGUCUUUAACAUAUUGGCCAUCGCACCAUCGACAUCGUGUAUGCGAAUCGUUGGUGGUAAUGGAUGUUGA